ACUCUCGCAGUGUGGCCCGUCAGAACCCCAUGGCGCCGCCGCCGCGAGGUCGUCUCCCCCAGUAAUGGCGCUGGCGGCCACCUCCACACCGCCCUCUCCCGCCGCCGCCGCCGCCGACGACCUCCACUCCUUCCUCCGCCACGGCCUCCGCUCCCGCGCCGCCGUGCUCCAAGCCCACGCCUUCCUCCUCCGCCGCGGCCUCCUCCUCGGCCACCCGGUCCCCUCGGGCCUCCUCCUCGCCGCCGCCGCCGCCACCGCCACCCCCGCGCCGCACCUCGCGCGCCUCCUCCUCCGCCACCUGCCCCCGCCCCUCCCGCUCUUCUCCCUCUCCGCCGCGCUGCGCGCCCUCGCCCCGCGCGUGCCCUUCCCCGCGCUCCUCUCCCUCUUCGCCCACCUCCUCCGCUCCCACUCCCCCUCCGGCUUCCCGGACGCCUUCGCCUUCCCGCCCCUCCUCUCCGCCGCCACGCGCCACCACCUCCCCGCCGCGCUCGCGCUGCACGCGCAGCUCCUCCGCCGGGGCCUCCUCUUCGCGCCGCCGCCCCACGCCGCCAACGCGCUCCUCCAUUUCUACGCCGCCGCCGGCCGCCUCCCCUCCGCGCGCCGCCUCUUCCACGAGAUGCCCUCCCGCGACAUCGCGUCCCACAACACCAUGAUGACCGCCUACGCCUCCGCCGGCUUCCUCCCCUCCGCGCAGCACCUGUUCGACGGAAUGCUGCUCCGGAACGCGGUGUCCUGGAACGUCAUGAUCAGCGGCUACCUCAAGGCCAAGCGGCCCGAGCGGGCGCUGGAGGUGGUGCGGCGGAUGGCGGGGGCCGGGGUCAGGGGCACCGCCACGACCAUGGUCGGCGCGGCCACCGCCUGCGCCCGGCUGGGGCGGCUGCGGUCCGGGAGGGAGGUGCACUGCGCGUACCUGCGCCGCUUCGAGGAGGACAACCUGCUCUUCUGGACCUCGCUCGUCGACAUGUACGGCAAGUGCCGGCGGGUAGGGGCCGCGAGGAAGGUGUUUGAUCGGCUCGAGGCCAGGAACCUGGUUUCCUGGAACGCAAUGAUCGUCGGGCAUUGCGUGUACGGCGAGCCUGCCGACGGGAUCCAGCUGUUCCAUGAGAUGAUUGGACGAGGGAAGAAUGGUUCGGAUGGCCAGUUGGUUUUGCAACCGGAUGAAGUCACUUUCAUCGGCGUGCUCUGCGCGUGCACCCGUCUAGGCCUCCUGGAUGCUGGGAAGGUGUAUUUCGAGGAGAUGCGUUCGACGUACGGUCUCAGGCCGACGUUCGCGCACUAUUGGUGCAUGGCGAACCUGUAUGGCAGCGUGGGCCUGCUGGAAGAGGCUGAGGGGCUCCUGCAGAGCGUGCCAGAGGAGCUGAAGGCGCGCGCGUUGGGUGGUUUGCUCGGGCUGUGCCGGUUCAGGGGGGAGUGGGAACUCGGGGAACGUAUAGCCCUCAGGUUGAUCGAGCUCGAACCGGGCAACUGCGCUCACUACGCGCUGCUCUGCAGCGUGUACGCUUCGGCGGGGAGAUGGGAGGAUGCUCACAGGGUAAAGGCUAUCAUAAAGGAAAGCGACGAGAGGUUCAGUCCUGGGCAUCGUCUGGUGGACUUGAACGAGAUUGCCAACCAGUUCAAAGUUCGUGAGAGGCAGCCUGAGAAUCAGGACGUAUACGUUAUCUUGGAUGAAUUGGUGUCAAAGGUGAAGUUAGCAAGCAGACCAGAUGUGCAAACUGAACCUGGGUUAAAAUAGUCCAGUAUAAGCUUGCAGAACAUUUCCGAGCUGCGCAGUUUUUUGAGCAGGCAGCUAGCUGGAACAGCAGGCUGUGUAAGAACACAUGGCUGCAAGAAGUGUAUCCUGAGGUGGAUUCGUGCGAAGCUGCUUAAGGUUAUCUUUCGUCUGAAAUGUUUGAGUUGAUACAUUGCACAUACAGAUGGAUGCUAGUGAUGCGCCACAACUAUACAAGAAACUUGGAAUGCCAUGUUCUUCAUUGAAACCUCUGAUGCAUGGUUCUGCUCGGAUAGAGAAAGAUCGAGCUCUUGAGAUGUUACCAGAAGGAUCAUGUUGCCGUAUUUUUGCUGGUUCGUGUAAUUUGAAAUUACAAGGUUGUGUAUGCUAAAGGGCUGGCCUCUCGUUAUUGUGGCGGCGACAAAUUAUUGGCCAUACAUUUGGCAGAGCAUGAAGGGUGCGGCGGUGAGAUUUCCUUUUCACUUUUUCCUGCACUAACAGUCAACUGUAAUUGGCACAAGGCAAGUUCAAGAAAACCCAAAUCUUGUGUACAGUAGAGUUCAUACCCUUUUUCUUACACUUCUUUAUGGUCAGCUGAUCAGGUGAAUGUCUCCUGACGAAAUUUUGCUAAUGCCAUUUGAGCCAUUGUUGUAGAAGUAGAAAAUAAUUGAAUACAUGGAUUCGUUGUGGUUCUAUCACUCUGUUUAACAGAUGAAAUACCUUGACACACGGAUGAAUCUGAAUGUUCUCUUUUUUUUAGCUAUUACGUCUUUUGACAGUUCUUUUAGCUUUUACAACUUAGUGACUAGCGGAACUGAUAAAAAUAAAUUCAAUCAUGUGGCCCAACAAGUCUCUGUAGUCUGUACAAAUCAAUGGCCAAAUAUUUCCCUAGAGUUAGAGUAAACAAAGGGCCCCCCUAGAAAUUGAUAAGCUUUAAAUAAUUCCAUGACAUAUUUAACAAUUAUGGAGUUGAUGAACAUGGUAAUUUUAUGACUCUCUUAUAUGUACAAGAUGUAUAUAAGUGAUGCUCCACAAUCUAUACUAGAAACUCAGAAUGACUGUUAUUCAUGGAAGUUCUCUGUUCUGCCUGGGAUGAUAACAUCAAGUUCUCGAAAUGUGAAAAGGAUUGUGCGGAGGCAUUUCUGGUUGCAUGGAUCGAAAUUGCAAGUUAUCUAUUCGGCAGUGGAUGAAGGGUGCAACGAUGAUAUUUUCUUGCCUUUUCCCUGCAUCGACAGUUGACCACAAUUGGCAGGCAAGUUUAAGGGAAGCCAAUUCUUGUGUAGAGUAGAAUUUUUACCUUUUGUUUUUCUUACACUUGUUUAUGGUCAGCUGGGCAUGCAAAUGGCUUAUGAUGAAAUUUCAAUAAUGCCAUUUGAGCCAUUGUUGUAGAAGUAGCAAAUAAUUGAGUAUAUGGAUUCUUCGGUUCCGUCACUUUGGUCAACAAAUGGAACUGCUGAAUCAGUAUGCUGUACCAUGAAACACGGUUGAACUGUCUUUA